UGGCUGAUGCUUAAAGAUAAUAAAUUAUCCGGUUCCAUUCCUACUGAACUUGGGAAUUUGAAGUCUCUCACUAAUCUUGCGGUGAAUCGCAAUCUGCUUACUGGUUCUAUUCCAGUUUCAUUUGGUGAUUUGACAUCUUUAAAUAGCCUUUAUAUGCACCAGAAUCAGCUUUCUGGUCCUAUUCCUAUUCAGCUUGUGAUUUUGAAAUCUGUCAUUGAUCUUAAGUUGAACAAAAAUCAACUUAGUGGUUCCAUUCCUCCAGAGUUUGGAAAUUCAACUCAACUACAAAGGCUUGAUCUUUCUUCCAAUCGUCUAACAGGUCAGAUUCCUAAGGAGUUUGGGAAGAUGAAAAGAAUGUUGAAUUUGUCUUUGGCUGAUAACCAGCUUUCUGGUAUUAUACCUCCAGAGAUCGGAUCUUUUGAACUCAUUGAAGUACUUGAUUUAUCUACAAAUAGAUUAAACGGGUCACUACCAAUAAGUAUCGGUCAAUGGGAACAUAUUCAUUACUUGAAUCUUAGUAAUAACAAGCUCGGUGAGAAAAUUCCAUCUGAGAUUGGUAAAUUAGUUCAACUUACAAAACUUGAUUUAUCUCAGAAUUUGCUAACAGAUGUGAUACCAACUGAAGUUCAAGGUUUGCAAAGUUUACAAAAAUUGGAUCUUUCUCACAAUAGACUGUCUGGUUCUAUUCCUAAUGCUUUUAUAAGGUUGCCACAUGGGAUUGAUAUCAACCUUUCUUACAAUGAGCUCUCAGGCCCAGUUCCCCAAAGUCCCAACUUUGUGAAUGCGUCCAUAGAAGGCAAUCCAGGUGUUUGUGGAAAUAUUACUGGAGUGAAACUUUGUGCAGAUCAAAUGAUUAAGAAGAAAAACAAUCCCUCGCAUCAUGGGGUCAUCCUUGUAAUUAUCUUCCCUCUUAUCGGGGCAGCUGUUUUACUUGGUUUGUUCACGUAUGGCCUCAUUGCUUAUCGACAACAAAAGAAAAGGUCUCCACAUAAACCAUUGGACGAAGAAAGUAGAGGAUAUUUUUCCAUUACAAGUUUUGAUGGAGGAGUAGUGUAUGAUGACAUCUUGAAAGCAACAAAUGAUUUUGAUGAAGCAUGCUCUAUUGGGACCGGAGGAUAUGGUACCGUGUACAAAGCUGACAUACAACCUAACAAUGUGGUAGCUGUCAAGAAACUUCACUCAUCAUCAUCUGAGAAUGUUGAUCAUAAUGGAUUCCUUAAUGAGGUACGAUCAUUAACGAACAUAAGGCAUCGAAACAUAGUGAAACUCUAUGGAUAUUGCUCCCAUCGCCAUCACUCAUUUUUGAUUUAUGAAUACCUUGAAAAGGGAAGCCUUGGAUCAAUAUUAUGCAAUGAGAUCUUAGCAAAAGAAUUGGACUGGUUAAAAAGGAUCAAUAUUGUAAUGGGUAUAGCUAAUGGUUUGGCUUAUAUGCAUCACGACUGCUCACCUCCUAUAAUUCAUAGAGACAUUUCCAUUUCCAACAUCCUUCUUGAUUCCGAUUAUGAGGGACAUAUUUCUGAUUUUGGGACCUCCAAGCUUUUAAAGCUAGACUCAUCCAACUGGACCGCAAUUGCAGGCACCUAUGGUUAUAUCGCCCCAGAGCUUGCUUAUACGAUGGUGGCAACCGAGAAAUGUGAUGUGUAUAGCUUUGGGAUUGUUGCACUAGAAGUGAUCAUGGGAAAGCAUCCCGGUGAAAUAUCAACAUUGUCUGCUGAUUAUCUGGUGUUAGGAAAUGUGGGAGACAGUCGGAUUCCACUUCCCUCACCACAAGUUGAGAAACAAGUUGAUUUGGUGCUGAGUCUUUCAAGAGCAUGUUUGAGCUCCAAUCCGAAUGGAAGACCAACUAUGCGCCAAGUUUCAAAUCGGUUAAUGAAGGAUCUGCUUUAAAUCGGCAUCUCUUGCUUGAUCAAUAUAGUGUACUUACAGUGUUCUUUACUUUUCUCAUGUUUCCUA